AUUUUUUAUCAAACAUCAUUAUAUUCGAUCGCAUUGUUAUUAAAAAAGAAUUUCACGUUUGGCGAAUUGGCAGUUGUCGCUCAGGCAAUAACAUUGCUUGCUGUAGAAUUAUGGGUCAUCACCGCUAGAAAGUUCAAACUUGUAAAGAUUCCGUCAUUAAAUCGCCAUUUUCCAACCGAGAUUACCAUUUUUCAAGUUGCUUUAAUCUUAGGAAUGUUCCUGAUAGGAAUAAUACUUUCACCUUUAUUAAUAUAUUCACGGAAUUUAGCUCAACGACCAACAUGGAAAAAAAAACGUAAACGUGAUGAUGCAUUAUAUUUUCAAAACACCAGCAAGAAUAGUGUUAUGUUUAUACUGGCUGCUGCAAAGUUAAUAGAUAUUCAUCAUUCAAAAAAUGUACAUGAUGACGUCAACAUCG